CAAAGACGUACAUUGCAAUUUGCUCAGCUGAAACAGUUUUGCCACUUUCUUGCCAUCCAAGCAAUACAGUCCCUUUUUUCCCAUUAUUGCUUCUCAAUUACUUCUAAAAAACACUCUGUCAUGUAAAUUUGUUAAAUGAAUCGUUCCCAAUCUUCUUCUUCGACGAGAUUCAUUGUUGUAACGAGCUCCUUAAUACUGGGUUCUGUGCUUCUGGGUCUUAUUAUCUGGAUUUUUGUCCAUCUUUCUUCUGUCCCCUAAACUAGAGUUUCUGAGAAAUGUUCUGUAAAAUGGGUCUGUUCGAUUUCAAGUAGUUUUUUUUUCCUCUUCGUUUCAGUACGGCUUUAAGCUAAUCUUCUACUUGUAGUUGGAGAGUGUUUAAGCAAAGAAGCUCUCCAAGUGUUUGACGAUUUGGCUGAGAGAAAAAACAGAGGACCUUAAAAACAGAGUGAUUUUUUUACAAAGAGAAGCCACCCAACCCAAUGGAAGAGACUUUCGUUCCGUUUGAAGGUAUCAAGAAUGAUCUUAAAGGAAGGUUAAUGUGCUACAAACAAGAUUGGACCGGAGGAUUCAAAGCUGGCUAUAGGAUUCUUGCUCCCACCACAUACAUAUUCUUCGCGUCUGCGAUUCCUGUUAUUUCAUUCGGCGAACAACUGGAACGAAGCACUGAUGGAGUUCUCACGGCUGUUCAGACACUGGCAUCUACAGCGAUUUGCGGAAUCAUCCACUCGAUUAUCGGAGGCCAGCCUCUGCUAAUACUCGGAGUUGCUGAGCCAACUGUAAUCAUGUACACAUUCAUGUUUAAUUUUGCAAAAGGGAGACCUGAACUAGGACGCAAUUUGUUCUUGGCUUGGUCUGGAUGGGUCUGUGUUUGGACUUCGUUGAUUCUGUUUGUGUUGGCUAUAUGUGGAGCUUGUUCAAUAAUCAACAGAUUCACCAGAGUAGCUGGAGAAUUGUUUGGACUUCUUAUAGCUAUGCUCUUCAUGCAAGAAGCCAUCAAAGGACUAGUUGAUGAAUUUCGCUCUCCUGAGAGAGAAAAUCUGAAACUUCUGGAGUUUUUACCUUCCUGGAGAUUUGCAAAUGGGAUGUUUGCUUUGGUUCUCUCCUUUGGUCUUCUUAUAACUGCACUUAGAAGCAGAAAAGCCAGAUCCUGGAGAUAUGGGACAGGCUGGCUUAGAAGCUUAAUAGCUGACUAUGGUGUGCCACUCAUGGUUCUGGUGUGGACCGGUGUCUCCUACAUCCCAACAGGAGAUGUUCCGAAAGGAAUUCCUCGGCGUCUUUUUAGCCCUAAUCCUUGGUCCCCUGGUGCUUAUGAGAACUGGACCGUCGUAAAGGAGAUGCUCCAAGUUCCAACUGUUUUCAUAAUUGGUGCCUUCAUUCCCGCAACAAUGAUUGCAGUUCUCUACUACUUCGACCAUAGCGUAGCAUCACAGCUUUCACAGCAGAAAGAAUUCAAUCUGAGAAAACCUUCUUCUUACCACUAUGAUCUGCUUCUUCUUGGGUUUCUGACCUUGAUGUGUGGUCUUCUGGGAAUCCCUCCGUCAAAUGGAGUCAUCCCUCAAUCACCUAUGCAUACCAAGAGCCUUGCAACACUAAAAUACCAGCUGCUUCGGAACAGACUAGUUGCAAGUGCACGCAGAAGCAUCAAGCAGAAUGCGAGCUUAGGACAGUUGUAUGGAAACAUGCAAGAUGUCUAUAAUCAAAUGCAGACACCGUUAGUAUACCAACAGCCUCAAGGUCUGAGAGAGCUGAGAGAGUCAACAAUCCAAUCCACAACGUUCACAGGAAACCUCGACGCGCCAGUUGAUGAAACCCUGUUUGAUAUCGAGAAAGAAAUUGACGAUUUACUGCCGAUAGAAGUCAAAGAACAGAGAGUAAGCAACUUGCUUCAGGCAAUAAUGGUUGGAGGAUGUGUUGCAGCUAUGCCUCUCCUAAAAAUGAUCCCUACAUCAGUCCUUUGGGGCUACUUUGCCUUCAUGGCCAUCGAAAGCUUACCCGGAAACCAAUUCUGGGAAAGAAUCUUACUUCUCUUCACAGCCCCAAGUCGUCGGUUCAAGGUUCUCGAAGACAACCACGCGACAUUCGUGGAAACUGUUCCAUUCAAAACGAUUGCAAUGUUCACUAUUUUCCAAACAACUUAUCUUCUAAUCUGCUUCGGUCUCACCUGGAUCCCACUCGCUGGAGUUAUGUUCCCUCUGAUGAUCAUGUUUCUAGUACCUGUAAGGCAAUAUAUCCUCCCAAGAUUCUUCAAAAGUGCGCAUCUUCAGGACUUAGACGCAGCAGAGUAUGAAGAAGCACCUGCUUUACCGUUCAAUCUCGCAGUGGCGGAAUCUGAGAUGGGAACACCAGCUUCAUAUCCAUGUGAUUCUGAGAUUCUUGAUGAGUAUAUUACAAGAAGUAGAGGAGAAUUUAGACACACAUGUAGUCCCAAAGUUACUAGCUCGACCUCUACGCCUGUUUAUAAGCGGAAUCUGUCUCAAGUGUUUAGUCCUCGAGUUAAUGAAUUGAAAAGUGAGAUGAGUCCUAGGCUCGCCGGGAAAGGGCAUAAUAGUCCGAAGCCGAGCCCUUUAAACCCAUCUUCGUCCAAGUGAGAUUGGCCAUUAUGGAGACAUUAUGUUUAAAAUUAGCUGACUAAUUGAUCUUGGAUCUAAAAGCUUUCUUGAGUUUUUCCUUUUACAUAUGUUUUGCGUUAGCAUUUUCAUUUUCUGAUCUUGAUCUCUCGAUUCUAAUCACUGUAAAUUUCUUUUACUUGUCCUUUCGAAUGUCAGUUAAUAAAAAGGCAGAUAUGUCGCAAGGUAAAAAUGUUAUACAGUAACUUUAAUGUUAACAAAUUUGGCCA